GGUUCAGGAGCAAACGAAAUGGAAAAAUUUUCUGAUAGCUCUCAACGAUCUCGGGAUCUAUCGUGCUGACGAAAGCAUUGUGUUGCCCCGGGAUCUUUUUCUUGUCCUGCAGGAUAUUACCCACUUUAUCCUGUGUCAGUGCAAGCACGAUAUCGACGUAGCCCAGGGGCACAUGAGUAGUUGUAACCCAGCUUGUGGCACAACGGACACGUGGACGAGCCAUGAAAACUCUCGGGAAGGGAAUUGUCAUUCUGGUGGCAUGGAAAUAAGAUCGUCUCGCUCUGCGCUUCUGCCCGCUGCGCGCACCGAGUUUCGCCUCAAAGGCGCGUCAAUGUCUUUCCUAGAGUUCUGCCUACUUCUUGGGGAUCAAGGCUACUCAAGUUAA